AUGUCUACCGAAUACAGCUCAAGUUCGGCCAACGCUUCUGGAGCAGAUGUGUACAAGCAACCUGCUUCUGCGACUCCUCCUCUCAAAACUAGCUCUUCUAUCAUAGUCACGAAAAGAGACGAUCGCGGGUUGCUCAUGCAUCUUCUCAUGCUCCUUCUUCGUCCAAUUAGUCGCUUUCUUUUGCGACCCUCCAGUCUUCAACCUCCGGGCUCAACGCGUCUCAAACCUCCACGCUCGGUCAGGCGGAAAUGUACCGUCACAGAACGCCAAGUCGACGACAUCUGGAUAUACGAUCUCACCACGCGCGCCACACACGCCACGAAGGAGGAAGCCAGCAAGGGGAAAGAGGUGUGCAGGAAGGGAAGAAUUUAUUAUUUCAAUGGAGGGGCAUACCAGAUGCUCCCUUCCUCCGAACACUGGUCGCUCGCUCUCCACAUGGCCACCCACAUCCCGAGGACGACCGUCAGCGUCGUCAGCUACCCCCUCGCACCCAACUCGACCGCACCCAUAUCCUUUCCCAUGCUCGUCAAACUCUACCACACCCUGAUGAGAGAAGCAGACGAAGCAGGUGAGACCGUCACAUUCGCAGGCGACUCAGCCGGCGGAAACUUUGCCAUCUCCGUACCUCUCUACGCUCUUUCCAAUCCAGUACAACCAAGCCCGCUCCCUUCUCCAGUACACGAGCCCGGAUCAGAUUCGUCAGAUUCCACGCAUCCACCCCCGCCUCCGCCUCCGGGCAACCGCAUCCUCGCGCCGAAGAAUAUCCUUCUCAUAUGUCCCUCAGUCGACAUGCGCCACGUUAAUCCGCACCCUGAGUCGGCGACGGCUCGUCUGGACCCGAUGCUCUCGACGAAGGUUUUAGAGCACACUGCGAGGACGUAUGUCGGUGAAUGGGACCUGAGCGAUCCUAGGGUGUCUCCUCUGUUGGCCGAUUUAGAGCCGCUUGCCAAGUUCGGGGUUGAGGUGCAUGGAUGUACCGCGGGGUAUGAUAAUCUGGGACCAGACGGGAUCCUUCUACGAGAAAAACUUGAGAAGGCAGGUGUGCGUGGCGAGUGGCUCGAGUGGGACAAGAUGAUGCAUUGUUGGGUCCUCGCUGCGAAAUUUGGUAUCAUUCCUGAGGCGAGGCAGGGCGUCGAGUGGAUUGUAGACCUUUUGAAGCGCAAGGCUUGA